AUGAUUGAUUGGAAUUGGCUUUGGGUCGUUGGAGAACUGGGCAUCUCCUAUGGAUUCUAUCGAUGGUGGAAAUCAGAUGAUAAGUUCUUGGCUGUCCUUUCGGUCGCCCCGGAUAUCGAUAUCAAUGAUCUAAAGCAAUACUCUUCUUCGAAAACAUCGAUCGACUACGCUGUUAUACACGGUUUUGUUCGAAGAAACGAUACCAAACCAAAUUCAAUCCUAACUUCCCAUUUUCUCCCACAUUGUCUCGGUGUUAUUCAUCGUUUAACGAUACGUGAAAAGAAACUUGAAAAAUUCCGAAGUGUUUGGGCGGAAACGAACAAUACAAUCAGUGAUGGAACGCGCUUUGUACCAUUUCGACUGGCAUCACAAAUAGGAAAUUCUAUUCAGAUCGAUCGGCCAUUAUCAUUCAAUUCGAUUGUUGAUCACUUAGAUGUCACACAUGUGAAAUUCGAACCUAACACGAACUCUACACUCCAUCGAGUGUUCGAUUUUCUCGUGGGAGAUGUAUCAACAGGGAUUGAAACUAAAGAGCAGAUGCUAUUGCUAGAUUCGCCUUUGACCGGUGUUGGUCGUCUAGAAAAAUACCCGGAUGGCAUGUGGCAUCUCGUUCCACAUGAACAAUGGGGUGGGAUUUUGACUCGAUCAUCUCGUGCAGAAAUCAUUUCAGAAUAUGAAGAUAGUUCUUCAAUAGCUCGAUUUAUCAGUAUCUGCUUUGGCCUUGCUGCACUUGGUACAGCUGCUUAUUUCCUAUAUAAAUACUAUUCAAACCGACGGCGGCGACCACCAUCAUCACGAAUCACUCGGCCAUUGGUAGAUCAUCAUCCAGACGAGGCCGACCGUCCUGCGACGACUCAACUUCGAUGUGUUAUUUGUCUAGAAAAUGAAAUUAUCUACAGUCUUCAACCGUGCUCACAUUUAGGUCUAUGCCGUUCGUGUGCCCAUGCUCUACAAUCAAGAAAUCGUGCUGAAGAAUUGUGUCCACUUUGUCGCACACCUAUCGAAGAAUAUCAGCGUGUAUUUUUACCAUAG